AUGUCAAGUACGAUAUUUUAUAAAUUUCAGUCCCAGAAGGACACUUCGCGGAUUCAGUUUGAUGGUACGGGUAUUACUGUAUUUGAUCUUAAGCGGGAUAUUAUACAAGAUAAUAAGCUGGGGGAUGGUACAGACUUUCAAAUAAGGCUUUAUAAUCCUGAUACGAUGGAAGAAUAUGACGAUGACUUUGUUGUUGUUCCUAGAUCCAGUCUGGUCGUUGUUCGAAGGUCCCCGGCAACACACGGUAAUGCGGGGAAUGCUACGCGGUAUGUGAUGGGUAAGCCUAGAGUGAUUAUAAGGACUUCAAAUGGUGGGGGGAAUGGUUUUGGAGGGUUUCCAGGAGUUGGUGGGGGAGUUUCUGGCAUUAAUGGGGGUGGUAAUGGGGCAUUAGCAGCAGGUGGGACGGAAGAAGAGCGUAUAGCAAGGAUGUUUGCCAACCAGGAGAACCAGUGGCAAGAAACCCAGCAGGCGAUGUCUACUGCGGUUCCUGUAUAUCACAAUCGUUCGCAGCCAGGAGGUGCUGGAGGACAGCAGCAUCAGGAUGAUGGCCCACCUCCACCGGGCUACAUGUGUUAUAGAUGCGGUGGAAAAGACCACUGGAUCAAGAAUUGUCCUACAAAUUCCGAUCCAAACUUUGAAGGCAAGAGGAUCCGCCGUACUACUGGUAUUCCAAAGAAGUUCUUAAAAUCUGUUGAGAUAGACCCUAUGACUAUGACGCCAGAGGAAAUGGCUGAGAAGAAGAUCAUGGUUACAGAUGAUGGUAAAUUUGUUGUGCAAGUUGCGGACCAGCACUCAUGGGAGGAUUACCAACGUAAGCAGCAGCAGCAGAAUAUUGCAGUGCGUGAGCAAGACGCUGUUUGGAUGGCAAACCAAUUUGAAGAUCUGCCGGAUGAGCUGAAAUGUCCGUUGACUGGUGGUUUACUUCGAGAACCAAUGCGUAGUGAAGCGUGCUGUAAGCGCUUAGUUUCUAAGAUGGCUAUGGAAGAUGCACUACUAGAAAGCGAUUUUGUCUGUCCGCUAUGUAAUACAGGAGAUAUUCUUCUCGAUAGUCUGCAACCGGACGAAGAGGCUGGAAAGAAAGUUCAAGAAUUCCUCAAAUCACAUAAUAAUGGCAGGGCUGCAGAGACCAGCGCCGAGGAAGAGCCUAGUGCGAAGAAAGCUAAGCUUCCUUCAAUCCCCAUGCCUCCAUUCGGGAUGCCAUUCAUGUUCCCAAUGCCGUUCAUGCCACCGGUUCAGGGAACUCCUAAUAACCAGAAUAAUAAUAAAACGUAG